UGGGAUCUGGGGGCGGAGAGCGACAGCACGCACACAUAUGCGCGCGAUACACACCGCACAACCACAGCUGUGGAGCGUUCACGUUGGCUCAUCACCAUGAGUGCACCCCGUAAUAGCGAUGGAACAUCCGGCAGAAAGAGACCUCUCGAGCCUCCUCGCGGCGACGAGGAAGCACCGCAGUCGUUAUCUCGCCGCACACCCAGCCGACAAUUUGAACCACCACCCAGUGCCGGUGACCUUAUCAGAGACGACGGCAACUCCAAAAGCAAUGACGGCCAGGACCAGUAUGGAGAUGAAUCCGAUAUCUUCGACGUGGCCGACCUGCCUAACGACACAAUGGCGACUGUACUCUCUCUUCAAAGAGAGUUCUACGGGGGACAGCCUCCGACGGGGAGCGUCGGCGAACGUACAGGAGUUGUUCUGCAGCACCAAAUCUACACGGUGCUGGAGAACAGGACCGCCGUAGAUGUCGAGCUUACAGCAAUGCGAAAGGAGAACGUUCUCAGAACCUUCCGCCUUGGCACCGGCCGCGAGGACUGGGGGAUCAUGAGCACAGCGCACUAUCUCCGGGUGAUAUCCAACUGCCUGGGCGACACAAUCACGCGAGAGAAUGGCUCCAAGCAGCCGGCAAGAACCACGGCAGCAUCGGUACGAGGAGGCCACGCCUUCGCACGGAGUAGUACCAGCACCGUUGGUGGCAGUAGAAACACCGCCAACGCAAGCACAAGCCGUGGGAGCGGUGGCAACGGGGGCGGCAGCAGCAGCGGGCGUAGAAGCCCGACCAGCACCAGCUUCUCCGUGUCCGGCGCUUCGCCGAAACCUUCUGCCCAGGAGCACCAUUCCUCUCUGGCGAGAAACGUGCUCGAGCGUCUGGUGCUCUCGAACACCAAAGCUUACGCCUCUCGAAAAGAGGUGCUGAAUACCAUGCGAGAGGUUCGGGAGAGCAACACCGAGGCAAGUGGUGGUGGGGCUUCUGCUGCUGCUCCUGGGGGGCCCGCUGUUUCGGGAGGUGGGGGUGGUCGCGGCAAGGGAAAGGAGAGAGCCCCCGACAGGAUAAUGGGCGGGGACGAGGAGAAGGACUUGAGGAGUUUGAAGCAAACCGAGGAGGAAGUGGUCUCCCUCACCAGCAAACUUAUUCGGGCCGGGUUUCUUCUGCCGAGGCGAGACGUUGGUCGCGAAGAGGCCUACUGGUUUUCGAUGCCACAGCUUGGGAAGGUCAUCACCUCCAUCGCUCGGGGUCGCAAGGACGUGUUAGCCGCUCUCAAGCGCACGCGAUAUAAGGAAAUGCGACGCGCCGCCCUAGAAAAGAAAAAUCCCGCCAAGGCCACAGGUCUACCGCUCAGCUUUCACGUCAGAGAUCUGCUGGGGUUGGGCAUGAUCCGCGAGCUGGACACGCCGUCCGGGAUGUUUCUCAGGCUCCCGUCAGACCCGUCUUAA